CUACUUUUGUUGUUUGCUUUUCUGUGCUCUCAAGUGAGAAAACUCAAUGGAGAUUCAAUCCCAGGCUGCAUGCUGAUUGAAAGGAAUGCUCUUCUUGGGUUCAAAGCAGGCCUCAAAGAUCCCACCAACAGGCUAUCUUCUUGGGUCGGUGACGACUGCUGCACAUGGGAAGGCGUCGCUUGUGACAACCGGACUGGCCAUGUUGUCAAGCUUGACCUCCAAAACCCACACCCAUUGCCACCAAGUGGCACUGGGGUCACGUACCCACACCACAAGGGGUCCUUGGAAGGUGAGUUGAGGCCUUCGUUACUUGGUCUGAAGCACCUGAAUUAUCUUGACCUGAGCAUGAACAACUUUGGAGGACUUCGCAUCCCAGAAUUCCUGGGCUCAUUCCGUCAGCUAAAAUAUCUUGACCUCUCCAGAGCUGGUUUGGGUGGACUGAUCCCACCCCAGCUUGAGAAUCUAUCGAGCCUCCAAUAUCUUUAUCUCCAUAGUGAUCUUGAUCCUGUUCCUGAAUUCAUCAUUGAUAAUGCCCUCUGGAUUUCUCAUCUUUCUUCUCUACGAUAUCUGAAUAUGAUGGGUGUGAAAUUCAGAGAAGGUGCUCACUGGCUGCAAGCACUAAACAUGCUCCCUUCUAUCGUUGAGGUACGCUUACAGUAUUGUGACAUCAACCCCAUUCCGCUGUCUCUUGCACAUGUGAAUUUUACUUCACUUUCUGUUCUUGAUCUUUCUGGUAAUUUCAUUAAUUCGUCGAUGAUGCCUGGUUGGUUGUUCAACAUAAGUAGCCUCGAGCACCUUGAUCUCUGCUACAAUUAUAUUCGGGGCAUCAUUCCGCCUGCAAUUAAGAAUCUAGCUUCGCUCAAUUUCCUUGAUUUAUCCGGCAAUCUAUUUCUUGAAGGCAAAACCCCGGGUGCACUUGGGGGUCUGUGUAAGCUGCAGUAUUUAGGAUUGUCACAGAUUAAUAUCAGCAAAAAUUUGCAUGAACUUGAUGAAGUGUUUACGGGAUGCAUCAAGAACAACUUAAAGACUCUGCACAUGCGGGGCACCCAGCUUAGCGGUUAUUUGCCGGACUUGUUGGGGGACUUUAGAAUGCUCAAAUCUCUCGAUUUGGGUGCCAACUCAAUUUCAGGUUCUCUUCCAGCAUCAAUUGGAAGGCUUGCGGGACUUGCAGAGCUAGUUUCAUUAGACCUUAGCUCGAACUCUUUGGAGGGUGUCAUGUCUGAAGAACACUUUGCCAAUUUCACCAAAUUGAAUUUUCUACGCUUGUCAGGUAACCAAUUAAUUCUGAAUCUGACGUCAGAUUGGAUCCCCCCUUUUCAGCUUCAAGUGUUAGGUAUUGAUUCUUGCAAGUUGGGGCCACAAUUUCCAGCAUGGCUCCGGACGCAAGAAAACAUUUCCUAUCUAGAUUUGUCUAGCAAUGGAAUUUCAAGCACUCUACCAGAUUGGUUUUGGAAGUCAUUUUCCCAGGAUAUAUUUUACUUGGAUAUCUCCAGCAAUGGAAUCGCAGGUAGUGUACCUGAUCUAACAAGCUUAAUCAACAUUUAUAUGUUGAAUUUAAGUUCUAACUACUUUGAGGGUCCUUUGCCAAAUUUUAAUUCUUCCAUAAUGAUGUUGGUAGACCUAUCAAACAAUUCAUUUUCAGGAGUGAUUCAUCCUGGUAUUGGCAAAAGUAUGCCUAAUUUGGAAUAUCUCUCCCUUUCCAUAAAUAAUUUAAGCGGUGAAAUUCCCUCGUCUCUUUGUGUGCCCGACUUUGAGGUUCUUGAUCUUUCAAAAAAUCACUUGUUGGGUGAGCUUCCUGAUUGCUGGAACAACUCUUUCGGUAUCUUUGUCAUGGAUUUUUCAAGCAACAAUCUAUCUGGAAGCAUUCCUCCGUCAAUUUGUUCAUUACCAAACCUCACUUCAUUGCAUUUGAGUAACAAUAAUCUAUCAGGAGGACUCCCAUUAUCCUUGAAGAGUUGUGUGAAUUUAGAAACUCUUGAUCUUGGACAUAAUGGAUUCAUUGGUACAAUACCUACUUGGAUAGGAGAAAGUUUGUUGUCCUUGAAGAUCCUUCGCUUACGAUCAAACAAGCUUGUUGGAAAUAUUCCUCCUAAUCUAUCAAAACUAAGUGCUCUUCAAAUCCUGGAUCUUGCUAAUAACAAUUUAUGAGGAACCAUUCCUUCGAGCUUUGGAAACUUCACUGCCAUGAAAG